AGCUGUAGUUAAGGAACUCGUUGAAACUGAAGAAGAUUUUGCUCGAGAUAUGCAGUACGUGGUCAACAAUUAUCUGAAAGAAAUGGAUAACCCCAAGAUGCCAUUAGAACUUCGGGACUACAAAGAUACGGUGUUUUCUAACUUCAAAGAUGUUUGCGAAUUCCAUAACAAUGUACUUAUCAAAGGCGUUCAGUACUACGCAAGUGAACCACAGAAACUUGGAAUUACGUUUCUUCGAUUGGAGAGGGACUUCGACAAGCAUGUGAAGUAUUGCCGGGAUGAACCACAAGCUCAAGCAGCACUGUCGUCUGGCUCCCUGAAGAACUAUUUUGAUGAUUUCAGCAGGAAAAUUGGUGACGAUAAAACUUUGGCAGAACAUUUGAAGCUUCCGAUUCAAAGGAUAAACGACUAUGUAUUAUUGAUAAAGGAACUAAUUAAAUAUACUAACCGCUUGAGAGAAGACACCACUGAUCUACAGAGGGCUCUGGACUUUAUGAUGUGUGUUCCACAACGUGCAACCGAUCUCACAUAUAUCAAUGCACUGGAAGGUUACUGUGGCAACGUUCACAAAUUGGGUCGUUUGAUAAAACAU